AUGUUCUUCACGAAUUCUUCAAUCACUUUCACAUUUGCGGGAAUAGGUCUCACGUACAAGGUGAUCGAGACACUGGUGCUUGCUCAAUCUUUAGAGGCGUCUGGCUUGAACCUGCCUAGUUUCGCGCCUCAAGCGGAUAGUAGAGCCUUUUCUUUGAAACAGCCCGCAGGCAAACGCUGCGUCGCGACAACUCAAACUCGAAAGCCGCAUUUCAUCACAUCCUUUGCGACAUCAAAUAUCUACCUCUCCACACAACUCGCCCCGACCAUUCGCACCUCGUCGAAAGGCCUCAGGUCAAGCUUCAAGAGAGAUCCUUCGCCAAUUUCGUACACCAUUGUCUUUCGGAAGGGCAAUCUAUUCGCUAGGUUCAAUACUGACAUCUUAGCAUCCAGGCCAGCGUUCCAACUCUCUUCGCCACGUGUACUUCCGCCCGACAUUUGGGAGGAGAUUGGCGACUACCUGGACGAACCAGAGCGAUAUUGGUGGCAAUUGGUGAUUCUAAAGCACACCGGCAAUGGACUACCGCCAAAGAGAGAAGGGUCCGAGUCUCCGCCACCGCCUCCACUUCCUACAAAGGCGCAACUCGUCGGCAAAUACCUGAAGUAUCUCGAGGACGAGCUGGAGGCCCAGAAUACCUGGCGUCGCCUCGUCAACGGAUUAUGCGACACGCUGCCGACCGAGAUGCGCUUGGUGGUCAUCAAGAGGUACCUCGAGUCGCUUUUUCCGCGCACCAUCGAUCAUAACCACAUUCGAUUCGGACACCACGUCAGAGAGUUCAGCGACAUUGUCCCUGCAAAGGACAGGUUCGAGGUGGCAAUCACCGAAAUCGCAAAUGAAAUCCUCGAGAAGGUCAAUUCCCAGAUUGUGGACAUGCACGCAGAGCACACCAUGACAUUCAACGCACAAGAGAUCGUAAGCGAGAACGUCGAGGAGGCAAUCAAGCUCAUUCCCCAGCUCUGCACGUACAUCUUACCCGCCAACUUCCCAUCAAGAAACAGCGCCGCCACAGAAGUCGUUCCAACCUUCUUGCAGCCACAAAUCCAUAACAUCAAGCAUCUGGAGCUCAGCACCCGCGUGGUGGGAUCUGAUGGCACCGCGAGAUAUUAUCCGGUGGAGCUCUUCAAAGCACAAGACCACAUCGCGAAUCUGGGAAGUUGGUUUCCAGAGCUGCAGUCUCUGGCGUUCACGAUCGUCGACGGAACGAAGGGACAGCGAAGGUACUUCAAGCGAGGAUUUUCACAGCAGGACACGACGUUUGCCGCAGAGGUCGAGAAGAUUGUUGAGCAGAUGCUGAAGCUCGACGUGGCGGAGAUGGGGAUCCGGCUGUGUAUCAGCAACGUACCGUAUUGGACGGAGCACACUUACGACUGGUAUCACGCAGAGAAACAGAGUGCUUGGGACGAUGCCAGUGAAGUCGAUACGGACGGUCUGUCAUGUCGGAGGAUCACCAUGACUGCGAUAGCAGGAGAUGGGAGAGGAGGAGUCCUGAAAGGCUUCGUGUUCACCCAGGUACAAGAUUCGGCCUUGUUGGGUAGGAUAUGCGGUCCCCAUCAGGUAGUGCAUGGGACAGAAGGGUCGAGCGGUCAUAGAAUUGGCGUUUUUAUUUCGACGGAACGAUACGACGCUAAGGUAGUACCUGGAAAGGAGCAACAGAAAUGGAAAGCCUCGCAGUCUGUACUCGCCAGAGAGAUAAAUUUCUCAAUUGUCAGCCUCGUCUUACCGCUCGUUCAUGUCUACACCUUGACCAAGCGCCUCCGUCUCCGGCAAGGCUGGAAGGCAUUCCUUUGGCAGGGCUUCAGCUUCCAACGAGGGCUUUGUCAGAUCUCCCAGGCAGAAUUGUGUGCACAAAAACAGUUCAAGACUUCAGUCAGGAAGGUAGAUCUCUCACAUCAUCGAGACUGCUCACGCUCUGUUAUUUCUACCAUCGCCCAGGGUAAAGGCAUUCGCUUUUUUGAUGCACUUGAAGCUGGGAAGGACCUCACAGGCGGUCGUGUUUUAUUGCUUGCGAUGGGUAAUGUCAGUAUUGCUGUCAGGGGAAAGCGACGGAGCAAACAUGCAUGGAAGAAAGCCGGACAAUUCACCAAGAAGAUCACAUGCGAGGACAUCCCUUAG